AUGCAUUCUCGAAUUUUAGUUCACGAUUCACCAGCGUCGUCAUCAAGGCCAAUAACGGCGAAUAGCAGCAGUUUACACGCUUCACCGAUGCGUUCGUUGACGAGUGCAUCGGGUGGAUUGUACAUUAGUGCGCCGGGCAAGAUUAUCCUGUUCGGAGAGCAUGCAGUUGUUUAUGGAAGGACAGCUGUCGCUGGUUCAAUAGAUUUACGUACAUAUGUAAGUUUAUUUACAUCAGCAGAUGGAAGGAUAUAUUUGUCGUUACCAGAUCUUGGCGUUGAAAAAACGUGGAUGUUGAAAGAUUUAAUCAAAGCGGGUGAACGUCUUGCAGCCGAAUAUCCACUAGAUGACGGAUCACCACCAUCGUUAGAGAUAUUAGUACCGGUGGCCAGAAGGCUGAGUGGUUCUUGUGAGGACCAAUGUGGUGUACAACAUUUGGCAAUACUCGCUUUUUGGUAUCUUCUUCUUGGGGUCGUCCAACGAAAAAGAACAAUCGAAUUGGACGAACUCAAGAAAGCGAGUGAAUUCGAUCAACAACACCAGACGACGGAUAAAGACAUCACUUAUCCGGAUUCACAGUUCGGGGAUCUGUUAGCAGUGAAACUUACCGUACGCUUUAAACUUCCUUCAUGUGUUGGACUCGGCUCAUCAGGCGCAUACUGUGUUUGCGUAGCCACUGCUCUACUUCAGACGGCUGGCCUUAUUCCUGCACCGUCAAUCCCUACAGAUGAUGAGGGAACGUUAACGUGGGAAGAUCAUCAUUUGGAUAUGAUUCGUAAAUGGUCAGCUGCAGCCGAAUCCUUGAUUCAUGGUCGUGCUUCGGGUCUGGACGCUGCUGUUUGCACCUAUGUAGUGUUUCAGUUUCCGGAUGUGGUAGAAGGGAUAUUCAACUCGAUUGAUGCAAUAUCUCGAGAUGCCACUCGAAUCUUGCAUCGACCACUCGAAGUGAACGGUGACUCUGAAAAGCUGGUGAAUGGUGGUGGUGGAGGGACUGCGUUUAAUGCUGGUGUUAUGCCAUGUUCUGAUUAUGAUCACCACUCCUUACAGGUUGUCAAUACUUCAACCUUGUCGUUGCCGAAAUUCUAUUGA